GGGAUGGCGGAGCAGUGGGAUCUGGACGAGGAAGGCGUCCGCCGCCUGGGGGCGCUGACUCUGGAGCAGCCCGAAUUGGUGGAGUCUCUUUCAUUGCAGGGAUCUUAUGCUGGAAAAAUUCAUUCCAUUGGUGAUGCCUUCAGAAAUUUUAAAAACCUCCGAUCCUUAGAUUUAUCAAGAAAUUUGAUCACAAGCCUGAAGGGCAUCCAGUACUUAUGUUCACUCCAAGACCUGAAUUUAUAUUAUAACAACAUUCCUUCAUUAGUGGAGGUGUCCCGCCUACAGCCUUUACCCUUCCUCAAAGAACUAGAUUUGAGACUCAAUCCUGUUGUCAGGAAAGAUACAGAUUAUAGGCUCUUUGCCGUGUACACGCUACAAACUCUGGAGAAACUGGAUGACCGAGCUGUGCGAGAAAGUGAGAGAAAAGCUGCCAAGCUGCAUUUUAGUCAGUUGGGCAACAGUGAAAAUUUUCUUUUAGAGGUGGAAAAAAGCUCUAGGGAGAAGACAAUGAAAAACUGUGUGACAGAUGAGAGCUGUGCAUCAAAAGUCAGUGCCGAUGUUGAUUACAGAAUUGAAACUGACUCAAACAAAGGACUUUUUAUUCCCUUCCCCAACCGGGAAAUAAAGGAUUCCCUAAUGAGUACUUCUGCAACCCAGGGCAAUGGUAUACCAGAUCAGAAAUUAGACACUUUCCCACUGGGAACACAGGAGGUGGCAAGAAGGGAGAUCCCAAGUGACAAUCACCAGGAAGAUGAAUUUAGACACUACUCUCCUCGUCAGUCCACAGUCCAAUCCCCAGAGAAGAUGGCUCGAGAAGGCUACCGACUAUCUUUUUUGGACAAUAAGUCUUCAGGUUCUUCUCCAGAAAAGGAUUUGAUACUAAAACCUGAUACUUACCAGCUUACCCAUGAUGUCUCAUUGGGUAAACGUCUGGAUGUGGGUGAUUCUAGCCAGAUCCAUUCCUAUCAGUUACCUUCAGAUGUUGGUCUAGAAAAUUAUGAUAGUCAUUAUUCUCACAAUCUAUCCCUGCACGGAAGUCUUGGAAAAAGGCCUCCGAGAAGCAAGAACUACCGAGAAUAUAGCAUAAAGCCUUCAAAUGACAUGAAGGCCACCACAUCUCAUUCCUGUGGAGACUUACUGACUUCUCUGUCAAACCCUGACUCCGGCACCGGAAGGCUUUUGAAGCUUAGUUCAGGUAAUAGCUUCCUGUCACCUCUCUCUAGUGACCUGGGCAGUUUGCAUGGUUUGCCAGGAAACCACAGUCCCCCGAUCUCUGCCAGAACUUCCCAUGUGGCCACUGUCCUCAGACAGCUCUUGGAGCUUGUGGAUAAGCACUGGAAUGGCUCUGGCUCUCUCCUUCUUAACAAGAAGUUUCUCGGUCCUGCCCGAGAUUUACUUCUGACUUUGGUAGUCCCUGCUCCUUCCCAGCAGUGGUGUCACUCACAUCCUGAAGAUACGACAAAAACCUUCCGCAGGAGAGAGAUGGAACUGAAGGAAGCUGGGCAUGUGGUCCCUAGUGACGUGGAAAGUUUGAAGCAAAAACUGGUCAGAGUGCUAGAAGAAAACCUCAUUUUGUCAGAAAAAAUCAAGCAGUUAGAGGAAGGUGCUGCUACCUUGAUUGUGAGUGGGCACCAGUCACACACUUACGAUGAUCUUCUGCGCAAAAACCAACAGCUGAACAUGCAGGUCGCUUGCCUGAACCAGGAGCUUGCCCAGCUGAAAAAGCUGGAGGAGACAGUGGCCCUUCUCCAUGAAAGUCAGAGAUCCCUGGUGGUAACUAAUGAGUAUCUGCUGCAGCAGCUGAAUAAAGAGCAAAAAGGUUAUUCUGGGAAAGCCCUCCUGCCUCCUGAGAAGAGUCAUCAUUUGGGGAGAUCGUCACCCUUUGGGAAAAGCACGCUGUCUUCCUCCUCACCAGUGGCACAUGACACGGGUCAGUAUCUAAUACAGAGUGUCUCAGACUCUGUUCCAGAGCCUAGUUUAUGGAGCUAGCACUGAGCACCUUCUCUGCAGCUUCCCCUCUCCACCUUCAGGGGGACUCUCGGUGUCAUUGCCACUAGUAUGGUGGUAUU